CGCGGGGUUUGGUCGCCAGGCUUCAAGUCUCUCGGCGCAUCAGAAAAGCAUCGAGGAUGAGCGGCGGUAAGACCCCAGCUUCCUCCCUGGCUGCGAAGCUCCGUAAGGACACGGCAGCGCCAAAACACGGCUCCCCCAAGAGGGAGGGCGGCUCAUCGGCUGGGCCGAAUAUGCCGAGAAAUGAGGUCGGCAGACACAGCAGACAGAUCGUCCCAUCAGCAGAUCUCGCCUGCCGUCUCUAUCUCUCUGCCUGUCUGCCUGUCUGCCUCUGGCUGUGUGUGCAGAAGGGGGGGGUAUUGAUAACCAAGGAGGAGCUGAAGGUGGCGUGGGAUUUUUUCGACACCAAGGGGCAGGGCAAGCUGACGGCGGCCGAGCUGAGGAGACGCUUGGCCGUCUUCUACAAGAACAUCUCACUCAAGGAAGUCAAGUAGGUGUGUGACCUCACUGCGUGGCACCUGACCCCUCUCUCUGUGUGCCUCUGUGUGCGCAGGUUUUUGAUGAACAACCAGUCGGAGAUCGGCUUCGACGAGCUGUAUGAUCUGCUCAAGGACAACCAGCUCACCAACUUCGACCCUGUCCGUGAAGCAUUCAAGGUCAGUCGAGUCACAGCAGUCAGCCACACACGUGAAAGGCAGCACACGUGUGCGUGUCUCGUUCCUUCCGUCCAUCAGGUGUAUGACCCGCAGGAGACGGGCUUCGUGGACCUCGCCGUGGUCAAGCAGUGCUUCCAGCAGCUGGGCUACGGGGACCUGUCAGCAGAGGACAUGAGAAUACUAAGUAAGCGGAAAGACAGACACCAAACCACCAAUUGACGCAACACGCAUGGAUGGAAGUGCCACGGGGUACUUUCCCUGCAUCGUUGGCUCAGUCCAGACGGCGGAUGCUGACGGGGAUGGGAAGAUCGGCUUGGACGAUUUCCGCCUCAUGGUUUCGUUCGGACAACAGACAGACAUGGCAUGACCUGGGAGGACGACGGGAGCAAUGUCAAGCUCAGUGCAGUUCAUGUGGUGGGUGAGAAAGUGAGAAAGGGAGACACCUUGAGGGGCAGAUUGAGAGAAGGACUGCGCGUUUCAUUGUCGAUUCAGGCGACCAAAAGACGGACGAUCGCGUCAUGAUUGGUGUGGUGUCAGUGUGGUUCCAUUCAUGUGUAUGUGAUGUGUACCUGCUGUGGUGUGUUGGCAGAGACUUCCUCCUUCCUUUGUGCAUGUGUGUAUGUAUGGAUGGAUCUACCAUUUAUCUCAUGAAUGCAUUGCUGGAUACUCUCCAUCCAUCCAUCCAUCCAUGUGUG